CCGCCUCCGCCGUCGCCACUGGUGGGGGAGGAGCUGCCGCUGCUGCUGCCGCCGCUGCUGGUGGUGGAGGGAGUGCUGCUGCCUCAGCUGCCGCGGCCGCAGCGUCUGCCGGUGGGAGCGGAGGAGAGGUUGUAGCUGUAUCCGUUGCUGUUUCCGUUGCUACCGCUGGUGGUAGUGGUCAGGAUGUGGCAGCCGCCGCGGCUGCUGCUGCUGCUGCCGCUGGUGGUCAAGGAGGGAAUGCAGCCUCUGCUGCUGCGGCAGCGGCGGCGGCAGAAGGUCGUGAUGGCAAGGGCGUCGCCGCGGCGGCUUCUGCUGCUGCGGCCGGUGGCUCUGGGCCUGGAGGCGGCGGAGGGCAGAAGGACUCGUGUAAGAUCGAUCACAAAUUCUGGUACUUCAGGCGCCCGAACCGCUUCAGUCGUCGAAUUGGCCAAGCUCAGCCUGGCUCCGAGUUCAAGGCUUUCUGCAAAGAACGCAACUGGUACAACACUCCCAAAGGAUGGGUUAAAGAGCAUAAUAAGCCCGAAGGCUGCCGCGUACCAAACAAGCGAUGCUAAUGGCUCUAAUCAUUCGUCGUGACUGCCAUUAUAGAUCAUCCUAUAAUGCUUGUUAAUGACUUGAUGACGGG